AUGAAUUUAACAUAAUUAGAGUCCAUAUUUUAAUAACUCAAUUCUCAAAAAACCCCUCCCUCAUAAUGGACUAUUGACUAAAUACGUAACUUUUGUGAUCAUUACAAACUUGAAUGGGCCAAAGAGAUUUUAAGAAUUCAUAAUAAUAAACAAUUAAACGUAGAUCAUCUACUUAUAAACAAUGUGCUUGGUGCAAAACAAAAAAGACAUCAUGAGAAGGUCUAGGAUAAAAUCUCAAUUUUAGAGGCUUAAGGAUUAUAGAAUGAUGUUAUAAAAGAAAUUUUGUUUGGCAAAUCAAUUCUUUUAUCGAAACUAUAGCGAUAAAAACAUUCAUUAUCAAAUCAUUAAAUUGAAAAUAUGGUCAUUCAUUCCUCAAUAUUUAUGAGGCCAAUCGUUUUUCACUUAAAAGAUUAUAAGGAUUGCAUAGAAGUAGAAUUUGUUCACGAGGAAAAUGUUGUAGGUGUUCUGGACCUGAAGGAAAAUGAGAUUUUAUAAUAAAUUACUUGUUAUACUAAACAAAUUUUUAUGGCAGAUAAAACUAUUGAACAUAGAAGAAAUAAUGAUAUCUAUAUUAAAUCCAAUUUGAUCAAACUAUUAUUUACUAAUUUGUAAUAUUUGCCUAAAGAAUCUCCUCUUUUUUGGGAUGUUGAAUAAGUAAGUGUUCUAUUAAAAAUUAUUAAAUUGAAUUGCUUAGAUGAGCUUUUUAAAUAAAAUCUAAUUGAUGGAUUUGUAAUUUCUGUUUUAGGAAAAUGUCCAUUUACAGAAACAAGUUAAUUGCUAAAAUUAUUUAAUUUUGACCUAUAACAUAACACAAAAAUUCAAAAUGUUAGACUUCAAACUCAUUCUAAACUUACUCAACUCUAAAAAUAUACAUAUAUUCAAAAUGUGUUUUUAACUUUAUUUUACUUAGCCAAUACAUUGAACCAAACUAUUUAUAAUUGUUUAGAAAUAGAUCAAUUUUAAACAGAGGGUUAACAAAUUAGUCAUUUUGAUUAUUAUGAUUUAUUCUAUUUUAAUGUAAAAUGUCCAUAAGUUUGGAAGAAAUCUCCUGAUAAAAAAGCUUAAACUUCAGAUGACUUGGAAACUUUUAAAGUCUUUAAUUUAGAAGAUGGUCGUCAUGAAUCCAUUGCCAUAGAUGCUUUUAGAUCAAACUCUGUAGGUGUGUAGCACCAUGUUAAAAAUAAUGAGGAUUUGCAGAAAAUUCAAAAGGCUAAUUCAGGUAUUGAAAGCAGUGUACGUUAAAGAUAGGAUCUCAUGUAUUGCUAAAAAGAAUUAGAGUAUAAAGCUUAGGAUACUUCGUCUGAGAAUUGCAUUACAAAUGAAACAACUACUACUUAAGGGACUCCACUAAUUGAUUCUGCUAAGAAUACAGCAGAUAGCUAAAAACCAAUGUAAGAAUCAGUUUAUUUUCCAUAAAAAUAAGAAUUGCAAGGGAGCGUAUAUUUUUCUAAUCCAGAAUAAUAAUAAUAAAUGCAGGAGUCAGUGUAUUUUAUACAACAAGAUAUUAAGCCUAUGUAAGAAUCUGUGUAUUUUUCUUAAACAUAAGGAUAGCAAUAAUAAAUGUAAGAAUCUGUAAUAUUCCCUUAAAAAGAGUAAGUGUAAAUGCAAGAAUCAGUAUGUUUUAUUCCUCAAAAAUAGUAAAUGUAAGAAUCAGUUUAUUUUCCUCAAUAAGAACAAUAGGCAUAAAAGAUGGAAGGGUCUGUUUAUUUUUCAAAUCAAAUGCAAGGAUCAGUGGCUUUUCCUGGAAAUCAAAAUUAAUAAAUGCAAUAAUCGGUAAUGUUGCAGGAUCCUAAAAGUAAUAGUUUAGGUUAAUCUGAAAUGGUGGGAUAAUCAAUAAUGAUGGGUUAAUCUACAUUUACUAAUAAUAAUAUUAAUAACACUAGUAAUAAUAAACCAAAUAUUAAAAGUAAUCCAGAUCCUAUGGGAUAAUCCAUUAAUAUAGAACAAAUCAUUUAGGAGGUGUAAUACCCUUAGGAUAAAAAAAAAUAACAAAAGAGUGUAAAGUUAAAAGUGUCAUUUCAAGAAGGAGAUGAAAAGAAGAAGGGAGAAAUUCAAAAUAGAACUCCAACAAGAUAGAAAAGAAUUAAAUUAAUUACUUCUAUUGAACAAGCAUCUUUAUAAAGUGUUAUAACAAAUCCAUUUAUUUUAAAUGUCAGUCAUUAAAUGAAGAUAAAGUCUGAGCAAUUUCAUAAAAUAUUGCUUAUAAAUUUGAUUGGUGCAACUUUCGGUAGAAGUCAAGAUAAUCAGUAUGUUUUGUAAGAUUAAUCAAAGAUCUCCUCCAAACAUGCAAGGAUCACAGUUGUAAAUGAUAGGUUUCAUUUGUAGGAUUUAGGGUCCAAGAGAGGGACUUUCUUAAAUGCUAAUAAAAUGAGGAUAAAAAAGGCUAUGGUGUUUUAUAUCGGAGACAAGCAAGCUUUUCAAAUUUUAGAGGUUAAUGAAAUAGAGGGAACUUUAACAUUUGCAUUUGAUAAGGAAUUGAUUGAUACAAAAUAAGUUAAUCUUAAGAUUGGGGAAACUUGGUCUAUAGGGAGGGAUUUAAAGCGAACCCAUUAUUAAUUUAUAGGAUAUCCCAUUCAUCAACUAUUAUCUUAGAUUCAUUGCAUAAUUUCUUAUGUUUCAAAGGAUGGAGAACCAAAAUUUAUUAUUGAUGAUUAAAAUUCAAAAAAUGGUACUUGGUUAAGAUUGAGUGACAAGAAAUUACUUAGUGAACCUUAGCUGUUAUUGAGGAACAGUAAAUUUAAUUUGGCUUUUGAGAUACAAUAUGAAGUGAUUGAUGUGUAUUAUUAAAAUAAUUAAUGA